AUGCCGUCACCCCCUUUGCCUGUCCAGAUCACUCAAAAGGAUCUACCACGUAUUUUUGCUAUCCUGGUACUUGGUUACGUUGCUGUUAUGUUGUUGGUACUUCAAUUGGACCAUUACUUUGCUGCGGAUGACCAAAAAGAAAGCUUCAAUUUCCCUAAGGUAAUGGUCUUUGUUGGGCUCUAUGUUUUCAUGAUGGUGAUCUCCCGCUUCUAUGAGCACGGCACCUACGUUUUGUACGAGAUGCUGUGGGCUUGCAACGUCUCGCUUGUGCUCGUGUUCAUGGCACUCUUGUUUUCGAAGCCUUUCCUGGUGGGCAUAGCGAUGGUGACGGUGUCAGGCGACCAUUUGCUGUGGUACAUUGACACACUUUCGUUUGUACUGCAUGGCAAGUUUGUCACGGGCGCGAUGAAAUACCUUACAUACCCGGAAAAUCGCUCAUUUUCCAAGACAUUCUUUGCAACGCAUCACCUGUGGUUUUUGCCCGUAUGCUUCUACAUCACGGCUGCACAUAAUGGCAUGCACAGCUCAAGCUUCGUCGGCUCAUGUAUUUUGACUUCUUUCUUAGCUGCAUUCUGUCGUGCUUUCACGCCUUUUACAGUUCAAGUGCCUGGUAAUGAACAUAUCAUCUACUUGAACGUAAACGGAGGCUAUGCUUUCUGGAAGGAUAUUAACAUUCCGCUGCUUCAUUUGGUAAAUCAUCAUCAUCCGGCGUUGUACAUUCCGUUCCUUGCGAUUGUUGGAAAUCUCGUCGCAAAUGGUUUUCCACACAUUUUGGUUCUGGGCAUCAGCCUUGGACUUCAGCAUAGUCCGAUCCUGGAAGGAAUAACCCACUGA